AUGGAGGGCCUGUUCUUCAAUGUUAAUGGCGGCUACGUCGAGGGCAUUGUUCGAGGCUACCGCAACAGCCUGCUCAGCGGCCAGAACUACUCCAACUUGACCCAAUGCGAGACCAUCGACGAUGUCAAGCUCCAGUUGGCCCCCGCAUACGGCGACUUCCUCGCCUCUCUUCCCCCGAACCCCUCUACCUCCGCCCUCGCAGGCCGGAUGACCGACAAGCUGGUCUCUGAGUUCCGGUACCUGAUCGCCCAGGCGACGGGCUCGACCGCCAAGUUCCUCGAGUACCUGACGUACGGGUACAUGAUCGACAACAUCGCGCUACUGAUCACCGGCACGCUGCAUGAGCGGGACACCCGAGAACUGCUGGAGCGGUGCCACCCUCUCGGCUGGUUUGAGACGCUGCCCGUGCUGUGCGUCGCGACCAACAUCGAGGAGCUGUACAACUCCGUGCUGAUCGAGACCCCGCUGGCCCCCUACUUCAAGGGCAGCCUGAGCCACCAGGACCUCGACGAGCUGAACAUCGAGAUCGUCCGCAACACCCUCUAUAAGAACUACUUGGAGGACUUCUAUAAUUUUAUCAGCACUCACUCGGAUUUCGCCGGGACCCCCACCCAAGAAAUCAUGACUGAGAUCCUGCAGUUCGAGGCAGAUCGCCGCGCCAUCAACAUCACCCUCAACUCCUUUGGUACCGAGCUCUCCAAGCUCGAGCGGAGGAAGCUCUACCCGGAAUUCGGGAAGCUUUAUCCCGAAGGUAGCCUGAUGCUCUCCCGUGCGGAGGACGUGGAGGGUGUGGCUCUGGCUGUUAGUGCCGUGGGGGAUUACAAGGCGUUCUUCGAUGCCGUGGGCCUGAGCCAGGGCGGCGGCGGGCUCGGUGGAAUGGGUGGUGGCCCUGCGGACGGCAAGAGUCUGGAAGAUCUGUUCUAUCAGAAGGAGAUGGAGAUGUCAAAGUUGGUCUUCACGCGGCAAUUCACCCCGGCGGUGGUGUAUGCGUGGAUGAAGCUGAAGGAGCAGGAAAUCCGAAACGUGACCUGGAUCUCGGAAUGCAUUGCCCAGAACCAAAAGGAGAGAAUUGGAAACUUCAUCUCCGUGUUCUGA